AUGCAGUCUUGGGCAGCUCGUGCGCAGCAGCAUCAACUUCAGCAUGGAUCUCCUGAAGGAGCUUUGUCGGGCGCACCACGUGGAAGGAUACUCCAGGAGGAACCCGCUUGCGAAAGAGCGAUUCCUACGAGUACUGGUCGUGCGAUCCAAACUGUGAUGCUUGUUCAAAUGGGUGUGUUUUCGGAAGGCAACAAGCCGCGACCCCCGUGA